UUACUAAAAGUAAAACAAAAAACUCAAUUUUAGAAAAAUCAAUUAAAACCAAACAAUAAGUCCAACAGGCAAUGUCCAGACCCGCUCCAACUCAAACGAGAUGGGUUUGGAUAAUGGGUUAAUUAGAUGGGGCGGGUUGAGGUGCGGCAAAACCCUAGCCCUACUCUCCUCAUUCACCGAAGAAGAUGAAAGAAGAAAAAUGUACAUAGAUGAGCAUACACAAUUUUCUAGAGCAGCGUGAAACAAUCUUUCGAAAUCUAAUUUACAUCUUUGAUCAUUUUUGGGCUCUCGCAAUUGCACACAAAAUUAUUGGUGUACACUUCACUUUGGUAAAUUGUUCCUAUUUUUAAAUUUAUUCAAAUUGUUAAAAAAAUAAAAAUAAAAAGUCUGGCAAUUCUUUCAGCAAUUUUGCAUUUUUUUUUCCUCUCUAAAUUAGGAAGGAGGAAUUGCUGACUUACCCUUCUUUUUUUUUACCACGUCCGAAGCCAUUUAUAGUGGUAUAAACUAUUCAAUUCAUAAUCGUAGGGAUAGGCUAUUAUGAACCCAGCAUUCCCACCUUUGCUUCACAUGCAUUGUUACUUGUCCAAUAGCCAAUUUAUGAGUGCUUCUCAUGAUUCAAAUGACCCUUCAAAUGACUUAGCAUUUUUAGUUGUCAUCCUGGUUUGUAGUGCGAGGGUAGAUGCUUGUUCAAUAAAUAAAUGAAAAUGAAGAAGAAUGUUACGUAGGGGCUAGAAAUUAUUACAAUGAAUGACUAGAGAUUUAUUGAUCUAUACUGCGACCUUCUGUUUCAUGUCGAGUUUAGACUCCAAAAGAUUGUCUAAUGUAACUUCUACUAAAGCCCCAUGUGUAGGUUAUAUAUUGCAGAAGUUGCAUCUUUUGUAUUCAUGUGUUCAUCCAUGGUUUUUCGUGGCCAACUGGCCCGCUCAAAUUCUUUUUACUCAAGUGAACCCCCAAGACAUGAUGGGACUGACAAACCAUCUGGAGUUGGAGGUACCUUGUAAUAUUCUGCUGCCCAUGUUGGAAGCAUUUGGGGAUAAAUAAGCUAUUUAGUGAGCAUUAGCUCUUAAUCUGGUGCUUCUCUAGCAAAGGUUAUCUAUGAGACUGUAUUUUGCAGAAUUUCACAACCAAACAAUUUUUUCUUUGUGAACAGUUGCAAGCAACAGCAUAUGGCCCGAAUACGAGAUGGAUAAUGCUACGUAUUAUGAAAUAAAUAUCAUGAAAAACUUCAUGAAACUAAUCCAAGGGUGAAUGCAUAACAUACAAUAAAACACUACAAACACUAUAAUCCAAUCCAAGGAUGGAGAAUCUUCAUAAAAACUUUUCAUGACAUUGUUUUCAUGAUACCUAACAUUAUUGAGAUGGGAUCAUAAACGAAGACGAAUGUGAAUUUGACACACAAAUGUCUAAAGAUAAUGGAUAUGCUAAUUCAUUGGUUUCAGGGAGCCGAAAAAAUGAAACCGUCAAUUCAUUUGCUAGCCAAUUUUGAGGUAUGGAUUGCUAUAUAAAUGAUGUCGGAAUUUUAUCUAAUGCACAGGUUCUGUCUCAUUGCUGGUAAACAGGGUGAUGGUGACAGAAAGAGUUGGGCCUCCUUCCAAGAACGCAUAGCCAGGGCACCUGAACAAGUUUUGAGGUACUGCACGUAUUAUGAAAGAGCUAAACCCUUGUGGCCCAUUUCUAGUGGCCGGCCAUCGAAGACUGAUAUUACAAAAUGCAGUUAUUGUGGUGGUCCCCAAGGUUUCGAAUUUCAGAUUUUGCCACAGUUGCUUUAUUAUUUUGGCGUGAAAAAUUAUGUGAAUUCUCUUGAUUGGGCAACUAUUGUUGUCUGUGCAUGUGAAGCCUCUUGCGAGGGAACCGGGGCUUAUAAAGAGGAAUUUGGCUGGGUUCAGUUUGCUUCCCAAUCUGCUCCAGUACCUUGAUAAUAUACAUAUGAAAUUUUGACAAGGAUGCUUUUUGUUUUUCCAACUUGUUUUUCCAAUUGGGGCUUGGGGAGUUCUUUUAUGGGAAAUUUGGCUAUAAACCCUCUUUACCUUCCUUUCAUUGUUAAAAGAA